AUGGUUUCACUCGGCAUCCAGCUCAGCACGCUGUCCCUGGUGUCCCCAGAGGCCUACAUGCCCUACGGUGGAGCCAACGCUUCGUCUUUCCCGCCGGACCUGGAGAACAUGACGUCGUCGCUGUGCGAUGACGUCAUGUCCGCGCUGUCCGGCCCGCCGCCCCGGUAUUCCGACGCCGCGAAAUUCGCCAUAACGUCCGUGCUCGUAAGUGUCCCCAUCUUGACCAUCUUCGGCAACUGCGUGGUCAUCCUCGCCGUCAUCACGCACCGGAAGCUACAGACGAUGACCAAUGCGUUCGUCGUGUCGCUGGCGUUGGCGGACAUGUGCGUAGCCCUGCUCGUGAUGCCCUUCUCCAUCUACCAGCUCCUCAACGACAACGUCUGGCUCCUCGGCUCCGUCCUGUGCAAGCUCGCCUCCAGCCUGGACGUCAUGCUGUGCACCGUCUCCAUCUUCCACCUCUCGUGUCUGGCCAUCGACCGCUACCUCGCCAUCUGCCGGCCGUUCCUCCACGAGCGCCUGACGGUCCGGUGCGUGGGGCUCAUGUUGACCUUCUGCUGGGUGACCCCGAUCUUCAUCUCCUUCAUUCCUAUAUUCAACGGCUGGAACCACAUCGGUAUCGAGGACCUCAUCUCCUGCGCGUACCCCCCUGACGCCAGCGUCUGUGUGUUCGUCGUCAACAUCCCCUUCGCCUUAAUCUGCUCCCUCAUCGCCUUCUACAUUCCCGUCAUCUUCAUGGCCAUCUGCAACGCACAGAUUUACUUCGCCGCCAACAAACAAACCCACCAGAUUCGAACCCUCGAGGCCGCCGGCAACCACAACCACUACAGCCACUGUAAACGGAAGAGUAAGUUCAAGCAGGAGUCGAAAGCCGCCAAAACUCUCGGGAUUAUUAUGGGAUGCUUUUCGGUCUGCUGGUUUCCUUUCUUCAUCAUGAAUGUCAUUGACCCCAUCGUUUAUUAUUCCAUGCCUUACGUCCCCUGGCAGAUCGCACUGUGGCUGGGGUACAUUAAUUCGCUCAUGAACCCCGUGCUGUAUUAUUAUUUCAAUAGGAACUUUAACAACGCAUUCAGGCGGCUAUUAUCCUGUAAGGUCUGCAAGGGGGUGCGCGACUACGAGGAGGACAUGCUGAACGCCACGCAGAUGUCGGAAUGA